CAAGGAUUUAGGGUUCACCUGCACUAACUUUAUAACGCAUAUCUGGGAUAUGACGUCCCUCCUCGUGGGUACAGAUACUUCGAAGAGUACCUGCACCUGAUCUCCAACUCCCCUCCUGUGGCAUAACUAUUCUUCAACACCAACCGAUUACUACUUUUUGCUCCUCGUUCCCAUGUUCACUUAGGUUAUCUCUCUCGUGUUCACUUCAAACGCGAAAUUUCCUUUUGAUCAACCCAGGGCUCCAUCGUAGUAGCAUCAGACGACCGGCCUGUUCGCUUUUAAAUAUUGACCCCGCCGGCAACGACCGGCUUCUGCCACUAAUUGUUUCUUGAGGCUCACCCUUGUUGAAGAUCCAUCACACUCAACGAUCGAGGCUGUUGAGGGCUUCGCCAAAACACAAGGCUCGGCAGUCCUCCUUUUCUCGCUUUACUGCCAACAGGACUGUGUUUAUCUGAACCCAACGAAAGCCGGAACUGUCUCUAUACUCCCAAGUUACCGCCAGCCGUCCGUUUUGGCUGAGCCUCAGAGUCUCCGGUCUCUCGAAUACGGCCUCCUCACAAAAAUCUUACCAUACAAGCAUCCUGUAUAGGCAUCACCGACGAGAGACAAGAUGGAUACUCUUCUGUAUGUUGCUUUCCUUUCUCAUCUCCUCCCUUCACUCGUCUCGCCCUGUGUCUAGAUAAUUUCCUUAUCUUUAGACUUCAAGUCGGUAUCUUCAUUCCUAGAAUCACGGAACCCUGUGAUUUGGAGUGUCGCUUUAUGUCGAUCCCCGUCUUUCUUCGAACCUUCGCCAUAGACAGAUAUCUUUUGCUUUAUUCAUGAUAGCGAUGAAGCUGAUGUUGACAGAACCGCUGAGAUUGCGGCCAAUGCUCCUCGGUACCGUCGCAAGAGCUCUACAUUUAUCGAUGCCAUUCAUGACAUUCCUCAUGGUCAAGACUUGGCCCCAGCUCAGCUCUACAGUACCAUGUCUGGCCGAUUGUUUCACUCUGGCCGCAUUGCAAUCGUCAUGGUUGGACCACCUGCACGUGGGAAAACACAUAUAUGUGUUUCCAUGGCACGGUAUUUAGGGUGGCUUGGUGUGAAGUCUCGUAUCUUUCACCUCGGUGACUACCGUCGAGCAACUGUUGGCCCCGAUGGAUCUAUUCCCGAUGAUUAUUUCUUCCCAAACGCAUCGCCUGCAUCUGUCAUUCUGCGCCAGAAAAUCCUGAAGAAAUGCCGCGAAGACAUAUACUCCUGGCUGAAUCACGACAAUGGACAAGUCGCCAUUUACGAUGCAGUGAACCCUACUGCUAACGGACGGCGUUCGCUUGCCAAGGAAUUUGCGAAGCACGAUGUUCAAACUCUUUUCAUCGAGUCAUUUGUUGAUGAUGAACGCAUCCUUCGUGAGAAUGCAAGAAAUGUCAAGAUCUCAUCCCCAGACUUCGCUGGUAUGGAACCUGAUGAAGCCGCUAAGCUAUACCUUCAGAGAAUUGAGAUGAAGAUUCCCGUAUUUGAAACCAUGAAUGAGAAGGAGCUGAAUUACAUCAAGAUGAUCAACGCCGGGGAAAAGUUCUUCUACAACAACGUCAGCUUCAAUUAUCUUGCCCACCGAAUCGUCUUCUACCUCACCAACCUGCAUAUCAAAUCACGGAAAACCUUCUUCGCCCGGGCUGGUACCACAGCAGAAGAAGACUCGUACAAGGCCGAUGCCCCUCUGUCCCAAGAGGGGAGAGAUUAUGCCCAAAAAAUGUCCGAGGCUCUUUUGAAGCAUCGAGAGCAGGAGCGCCUCACAAACAUCGAGGAAGGAGGUCCAGAUGUGCCUCUACCGCCACUCACCGUUUGGACAUCGACUCGUAUGCGUACGGUGCAAACUUCUGACGUCCUGAAGGAGAAAGGCUACAAGGUCCGUCAGCGAACACAACUCAGUCAAAUCAACCCAGGCGUGUGCGAAAAGAUGUCAGAGCGUAUGAUUCGCCAGAUCUAUCCCGAUGAGGUCGAAAAGCACGAAUUAGACCCUUACCACCACCGGUAUCCGCGUGCAGAGUCAUACCACGAUCUGGCUGUUCGCCUAGAGCCCAUCAUUCUCGAACUCGAGCGAGAACAACACGACCUUCUCAUAAUUGCACACGAAUCUGUGCUUCGAGUUCUCUACGCUUAUUUAAUGCACUGCUCUACCACUGACAUCCCAGUCAUCAAUUUUCCACGCGACGAGAUCAUCGAGAUCAUCCCUGCAGCAUAUCAGAAUGAGGCCAAGCGUAUCCAUAUUCCUGGCCUGGAUCCCCAGAUCGUACCUGGCUCACCUCAAGAUAUCAAAAUUCCUGUUCCUAGCAGCGGAGUUGUGAGCGCACAACUGUCCCCUAUCCCGAGUGGCAUUGGGACUCCUGCUGAGCAUGUCGAACGACCUCCCGAGAAGGUUAUCAACACUGCCAAGGAUAUGGUUGCUGACAAAGUCAACGAUGAAGACUAGUCAUUGUAAAUCUUGCCGCCUGGAUGAAUUCACGUGUUUGGUUAAGAGGUACCGGCUGCUGCCUCCCUUGCCUGUUGUCUUCUCAGCAAGGAACAUUACCACGCUACCGUCAAUGUGGCGCCUCAGGGGUUAACAAACUGAUCAUGACGUGUUUCAUGAACAAGCACAUGGUUUUUGACAAGUUAUGUUUAUGAUAGGCAUGUUUGCUUGCUUCUUUUAACAUGCAUCCCGAUUUACCGGCUCGAGCCGAUGAAAGAGGCCCUGAUUUCGGAUUUCUUUCAUUCCUCAGCUCGAAGGGAGGCUAAGAAAUAUAUGUAGCAUUGAUCGGCACCAUGGUUUCUUUGCUUCAUCGCGGUUAUGGGUUGUUGCAGAAUACUAUGUAGCUAGCUAUAAGUAACGUGUUACGAGCUCAUCACAAGAGACGGAUAUAUAUAUCCUAGCAUAUAGGGUAGCCUUGAUUACACCAAUGUGACAUGACAAGCUUCGAGACUUUAUUUGUCAGAUCGGACAUGUUCUCGUUGGAAUUUUGCCUCACUACCUAAGCACGUCGACAGGAUGCCAGUCUGUACCAGCCAAAGUCAGUGCUUAUACCCGCACAGCCAUGGGUUUGGGGGCCAGAUGAACCAAGUCAAGAAAAAGAAGUCUUCGUACGUCAGCUGAACAUGCCUGAAACGCUGCGUCAACGCAGGCGUGGUUCGAUAUACCAAGCUUGAUGCUUCAUCCAAACCUGUUGCGUUGGCAAGACUCACCUCAGAGAACAGUCUAGGUUAGGGCACAUGCUCAUACUAUGUUACAUACACAUUCAAGUCAAAUAAGGAUAAAUCUCAAAGGAUCACGGUCGCGCAAAUACAACGCUAUGGCCUCCCGAUGCCUUGUACCUGGAGAAUGGCCAGGGUUUGGAUCAAGAAGAUGCACGUCGCUGGAUGGGGAAGCGUGUGCACAGGGGUUAGGGGGGCUGUGAGCUGUUACCGUAGGACUGAUGAGAUGAGUGUGCCCUUUGGCUGGCUGAGGUUUAUUGCUUGGGGGGUACAUAUGCUUACGGACGACCAUGUGAUAAGUAUUGCUUCAUGAUUGACAAUCAGUCAAUAGAGCAUGUAUUACAGCAGCGGAUAUGCACAUUCAUCUCCAACCAGAGUCAUCAUAUCCACAUCAUUCGUCUAAUGUAGAAGAAAGAAGCCCUGGCAAACAUAGGAAUGUAAGAGAGAUUACUCCGUAACAUUUGUCAGAUCAUGGUACCCC